AUGUCACUCAACACCCGGACAGGAUUCAACAUGUCCCCCAAUACCCGGACAGGAUUCAACAUGUCACUCCACACCCGGACAGGAUUCAACAUGUCCCCCAAUACCCGGACAGGAUUCAACAUGUCACUCCACACCCGGACAGGAUUCAACAUGUCACUCCACACCCGGACAGGAUUCAACAUGUCCCCCAAUACCCGGACAGGAUUCAACAUGUCACUCAACACCCGGACAGGAUUCAACAUACCACUCCACACCCGGACAGGAUUCAACAUACCACUCCACACCCGGACAGGAUUCAACAUGUCUCUCCACACCCGGACAGGAUUCAACAUACCACUCCACACCCGGACAGGAUUCAACAUACCACUCAACACCCGGACAGGAUUCAACCUACCACUCCACACCCGGACAGGAUUCAACAUACCACUCAACACCCGGACAGGAUUCAACAUGUCACUCCACACCCGGACAGGAUUCAACAUGUCCCCCAAUACCCGGACAGGAUUCAACAUGUCCCCCAAUACCCGGACAUGA